AUGUCCCAUCCCGAGUUAAGCCCCGAGUUCAUUCUCCAAGCCUUGCCAAUCCCGACAUACAUUCCCUUGGGAGAAUAUCCCAAGGAACCCCAGAGGAAAUCCCAGAAGAGUAGUAGGGAUUUUCCUUGUCCGGACUGUUCCAACAUAUAUAGAUCACCGAGGGACCAACGACGACAUCACCUGGUUAUACACAGGCCCGAGGAGGCUGAGAAGAAAAAAUUUGUCUGCACAUUCUCUGGAUGCAAUCACAAAAGCGCUCAACCCAGCAAUCUCAAGAUUCACUACCUGACGGCACACUGUGAACGCUCCAAAGUUGACCAGCCAUGCCCACUCGCAAGUGAUGGUUGUACUUGGAGAUGGGUUGAUACGGCCGCACGAACCCGUCACAUGCAGAGAGUCCACAGCCAAAAACCUCAUCACCGGCCGGAUUACAAAGGAAGGGCGACGCCAGAGACCACGAAACGGAGAAAGGUAGAGUCAACGACACUCUUGGACGAUGCGAAGCGAGUGGCUGCAGCGAGGGUUGCCAACCUUCAAAAAGCUCGAAGAGUGCACAUCUCGACCAAGCCUGCGAUACUACCGACCGAAGCGCCAUCCACUGUUACUUCAUCUCACCUCGAGUCAUCCAGUGCUGCUUCUGCCUCCGGCUCUCCGCUUGCGCUCAUAUCGUCUUCAAGUCCAAGCUCUCCCGUAUUGAACUCCCUCGAAGACACCGUACAUUCUACACCGAGCCUCUGCCCUCAGGCCUCUCUGAAUACACCUCGCUCCGACUCCUCCGACUCCUUGGACUCGUCGAUCACGAGCUUCUUCGAAUAUAGUGCCAGCUCUGUACCGACUCUUCGCUCUCGCAGGAUCUCUUUCCCGUCGUCGCGGUCAUCUUCUCCACCAUAUAUACCCACCAUUACGGGAAACACUGGAUCGUCAUCCCCUCUGGUUGUGCAAUCGCCUCCGCCUCCGCCUGAGUCGUUCACUGGUAUUACUUCGACGAGCAUGAGCACACCCGAGCCUACAUUCGACCGCAGCAAGAAGCAGCUAUUCGCAUGA